AUGACCCGCAAUGUGUGUGAAGCAUUUAAAGAAAUUGAGGAACAUUUGCCUGAUGGUUUUGAUUUCAAGAAGGAGCAUAAGGUUGAAAACAAAUAUAAUCCUUAUUGUCAUGGUAACAAGAAAACAGAGAAAAAAGAAUGUAUGACUAUAGGUGAAACAGUUAGCGGUACUACUUUAUUAUUACUUAAUAACUUAUUCAAUGGGGAUGGUUAUAUAAAAUCUGAAGAUGAAAAUAACGAAUAUAUCACGUAUAUUAUGCUAUGGUUAAGUAAUAAAAUGAAACUAAUUACAAAAGGGACUUACGGAGCCGUGUCAGAAUUUUAUGUAACGUUUAUAAACAAUAAUGCACAUUAUAAUAAGCAUCUUGCUAAAAUCAAUAGUAAAAAAAAUAUAAUGAGAAUUAAAAUUGAAGAAAUGCGUAAACUUUAUGGGUUACUUAAUGAGCUGUGUAAUGCAAUUACUAAUCAUAGAACAGAUCCUUCAAAUUGCUCCAAUUUUUCAAAAUUUGUUAAUAAUUGGAUAAAACUAUACAUACAAUUUAUUUAUAAAAAAAAAAAAGUUUUUGAAGAUGAGUAUUAUUGUGAUGUGUUGUUUACUUUAAAAAAUGCUUAUGAGAAAUUUAAAAAAGAUAAUGAUAGCAAAAAUUUUUUUCCAGAAAUUAUAGAGAUAGAAGGAAUGAAUAAUUGUAAGCUAUUAACUAAAGAAGCUACAAGGUCAUGGAAAGUUAUAAAUGCAGUGGUCCAAGAUGUACCGAAUGGAAACAAAGAUUUAGAUAAAGUGGAAGAUACCUCGAAACAUAUAGAUUUUAAAAAAAUAUUUGAAUUUUAUGGUUCAUUUUUUAGUAGUAUGUUUACUAAUAUUAGAAAUAGCUUAUAUGAAAAUGUGUUGCCAACGUUAGAAGAUUUUUACGGUAAAUUUAAAAAUUUUGCUGAUAACACGAUUAAUUAUGUGAAUGAACUUAAAACAACAAUAGAAACUCAUAUAUUAGAUAAUGGUAUGCCUGAGAAAAAAUCCCCAGGAUGUGAAUCACCACCACCUCAAGAAAGUCCAUCUGAGCCAUCUGGGCCAUCUGGAUCAUCUGGACCAUCUGAACUACCAAGUUCUGGUGGACAAACUAAAACACAGGAGUCGUCUCAGGGAUCAUCUGAAAAAGGAGAUUCUGAUCAAAUUGAUCACAAAGCAUCUCAAAUAUCACUGCCAUGUCCAGUGACUAAACAAGAAUUUCCAGUAUCCGAAGUAGGAAGAGAUGGAACAACAGAAAUAGGUGAUAAUCCAGUCAACGUAUACAAGAAAAUGGGAAUUUCAAUUCUAAUUCUUUUAAUUCCCAUUGCUUUAGUUAUUAUGUACAAGUAUUUGCCAUUUGGAUGGAGAAAGAAAUCGAAUAAAAAAAAAAAAAUGAAAAAGGCUAUAAAUAUGUUUGAUACAGAUGAAACAACAGAAAGAGUUAUAAACCCAACUGAUCGAAAAAAACAAAUGCAAAUAAUUAUAAAUUUAUCUACUCAAAACAAACAGGACAAAAAGUUUAUAAAUUCAUCUACUCCAAAAAAACAGGAUAAAAAGCUUACCAAUUCAUCUACUCCAAAAAAACAGGAUAGACAGUUUAUAAAUUCAUCUACUCCAAAAAAACAGGAUAGACAGUUUAUAAAUUCAUCGACUCCAAAAAAACAGGAUAAAAAGCUUACCAAUUCAUCUACUCCAAAAAAACAGGAUAAAAAGCUUACCAAUUCAUCUACUCCAAAAAAACAGGAUAAAAAGCUUACCAAUUCAUCUACUCCAAAAAAACAGAAUAAACAGUUUAUAGAUUCAUCUAUUCAAAAAAAACAGACUAAAAAUUUUACAAAUUCCAUUUAUUGGGGAAAAUAUCCAUUAUUAAAUAUAUAUAAACUUAUGAAGGCCGAUCCUGUACCAUUUAUUAUUUUAUUUUUGUUAUUUAUUUUUUAUGUUUAUAAAAGAAAAGGUGAUUCUUUAGAAUAA